GCAAUCUCCAUCGUCACUGAGAGAAAGAUGAAUCAUGUGGUCUUUGAAGAUGAAAUUCUUGCUAACAAGAUGAAAUUUCUGGACCUCAUAGGCUUGCCAUGGUAAAUAAUUGUUGGGAAGAAAGCAGUAAGUGAAAAUAUAAUUGAAAUAAAAAUUAGAGCAACUGGAAAGGUAGAGGAAGUGCAGAUUGAAGAAGCAAUAAACUACUUUAAC